UCGUAGUUUCGAUUACUUUACCACGGCUCGUGGGACCCACAUGGUUUGCUAGGAGGUCGCGGAGCCUUUCAUUACAACUGGGACGGGCUCUUAUUUAAAUGCCCGGCUCCGCAGAUCAUGGGGAAGACGAAGAUGAAACGGUUUAAACCUAACCCGUUUGCACCUGCAGGAGUGUCUGGUAGUACAAGCAUGAGGAGUGUGGAGGAGGAAGAAGAGUUGGAUGACGAUUCGCCAGCUGGGGAGUUGUUGGAAAAAUUACAGAAUCCUUGUGCUGAUAUCCGGGAGUACACCUGUGCCAGGAUUGCAAAGAUGGUGCAACAUAAGCAGGCCAUCCCAUCCUUUCUGGAGAAGGACAUUGUGCGAUGUAUGGGCCCAAUGCUACUCGAUCAGAGUUUGGCUGUGCGAGAAGCAGCUGCUGGAGCUCUUAGAAAUCUUAGUGCCUGUGGAGGACAUGAGGUUUGCGAUGACAUGGUGAAGCAGGACAUCAUGACUCCCCUUGUUAUACUGUUGAGGGAGUGCAGUGCUGGCUUUGACUCCAGCCGAGUAAAUUCGCCGAAUGGAAAAAGCGCAAGUAAGAACUGUAUAGAAGAUGUGGCCAGUGAGGCUGUUCACUUGCUCUGGAAUUUGUGUGAAAGCAGCAGUACCGCUGUGUCGGUGUUCAAUAAGGAGAACCUUCUGCACAUUUUGCUGCGUUGUUUACAGAAGUUCCCUACGCACAAAGAGCUGUCUGUUUCAGCAGCGUAUUGUUUACAGACGGUGACAGAAGACAAUCCUGAACUGUUGAAUACAGUUUCUGCCCCUGAGCUUCAAGUAUUAGAAUCGAUAAUGCAAUCUUCAGUAAGCGACACGGAGAGCAUCCUUCUAAGAACUCUGGUGUCUGGAUCCCUGUGGAAUCUGAAGAGUGUUAUCCCGUCGAAUAGCCAGGCAGACUCCAUCAAUGCCGUUAUCCGGAUUCUUUCUAGUGCAUUAGAUGUCGAUGCUGGUCAGAUGAUUCUCCAACUAAAAGAAGCUGAAAAACAUAUACCAGCAUUAUCAGUGGAUGCUGAAAUGGAGGAAGCAAAACCCGUUGUUUCAGAUGAUGUACUGAAUGAGGGAGAUGGCAUGGAUGAAGGACUUAAACCAGGCAGACGGAAAGUUAAGAAUGACGAUAUUUCAGAUUUACUUCCACCUAAGAAUGUGGAACUCAGGCAGGCCGAAGCUCUUCUGAUAGGUCAGCAGACUGCACUGGAACUAAUAGUCAACAUGUGCUGCUCCGAAGAACCUUCAGAUGAUGAAUGGGAGGACCAGUCGAGCAGCGAUGACAGCGAUGUUUGUAUGGAACAUGCAGCGUAUGAAAUUAACGGGCAGCUGCUGUCUCCGCUCUGUCUGUCUGCAGAGGUGCAUUCAGCAUUGAUGAACUAUGAUAUACCAAAGAAGGUAAUAGACAAAACAGCUUUUCCGAAUAAUGCUGCAGUAGAUGUCUGCCUUUCGAGUCCAUCUUGGAGAUCAUUAGAGAAAAGAAUGCAAAAGAUUCAGUGCAGAGCACUUACCUGUCUGCAUAAUAUGUUGUCCGUAUUGGAUGUGGAGGGUCUUGGAGGAGUCUCGGCACUUCAGGCUCUUGCCCAGCACCUUUCUCAGCUAGUCUUCUCUCAGACAGAGAUUCUGAAACAAGAAGAAUUCUUGGAAGCCAUAAGUAGUGCAGUACGGUCCUUGCUACAAAUUUUGGCCUCUAAAAAUAUACCUCAGUGUAUAACGCCAGAGCAGCUGAUGACGUUAUGUGAAGCUGGAGUCCGCUGCAGUAUUGUAAGCGUUCGUGUAAAUGCUGUCGGCAUCAUGGGAAUCACAGGCAGCGUACUUGCUAAAGAAACCAAUGUUAUGGAAACACUUAAGAUGAUAGGACAUUUUUUGCUUCAGGUCACCACUAAGGAUCCUUCUCUGGUUGUAACAGGAGAAGCCCUGGAUGCACUUUUUGAUGUGUUUGCAGAUGGCAAAGAAGCUGAGGAGGCAGCCACUCAGAUAAAGCUCCUUCAAGCUCUGAAAACUUUUCAGCCAGUGUUCAAAGCUAGGCUUCGGAAAGAAGGAAGACUAAGUUACAGUCCGGAUCAACUGUGUGUCCUGGAUAACGUGAAAAUGAAUCUCAGAAGAUUUAUUGCUUAUCAAGAAGCAAUACAAAAAACAUGCCUUUCCUGAAACAUUGCUACGUACUUCUGUUCUUUUGACGUUAAAUAAGGAGUUUUGACUUUUGAAAAAGUUUUUUUUUUUUUUAAUUAUUUUUUUAUUUGAUUUGAUUAUUUCGUAGCAGUUAAUUCUUUUAACAAAGGAAUGAGGAAGGGUUUUGUGACUUUAACGUCGUCUUCUGUUCCAUGUGUGCAAUGCAGAGAUGCAAUUAUGGGUUGAUGCAAUAUGUAAAACAUAACUAUUUUACAAUGUUUGUACAGAUUGAAUAAACCAACUUUUGAAUGGUA